ACGGUCCUCCUCCUCCUCCGUCGCAGCUUACAACUCAAGUGUUCACCGGGAAAACAUAAUAAGAAAUUCGCUUUGAGAAUGAAUCUGGAAAGUAAAAGAAUGGAGGCAUAUAACAGAUCCUAGAAUGGGAUUUUUUUUUUUGAUUAGUGGCAACUGCAGCUAAAAACUGUGACACAUAUGUUUUAUCAUUGGGUUUGUUUUGUUUUUCACAAUGUGCGAGGGAUGGAUAUGGGAUGGAUUCCAGUUUAUUUUCGCCAUGGAUACAAGGACUGGCAAGUUAUCAGCAUGAAUUACUGAGGACAAAAAAACAACUUGAUCUCAAUGUUAAAUUCAAAUUUGGAGGACUGACCAUGCUGAAAAGAGCGGGACUGUUAUUUUCACUGGUGUAUUUUAUGGGGGAGCUUUGGCUCACUUCGCAGCAAGUCCUGAGAAUUGGGGGCAUCUUUGAGACCCUUGAAAAUGAACCAAUUAGCGUUGAAGAACUGGCCUUUAAAUUUGCUGUAACCAACAUAAACAGGAACCGGACCUUAAUGCCAAACACCACGCUGACCUACGACAUCCAGAGAAUAAAUCUAUUUGACAGUUUUGAAGCCUCCAGAAGAGCAUGUGACCAGUUGGCUCUGGGGGUUGGGGCUGUGUUUGGUCCAUCUCACAGCUCAUCGGUCAGUGCGGUUCAGUCCAUCUGUAACGCACUGGAAGUCCCUCACAUCCAGACCCGAUGGAAACACCCCUCAGUGGACAACAAGGACAGCUUCUACAUUAACCUCCACCCUGAAUACGCCUCCAUCAGCAGAGCUGUGUUAGACAUAGUGCAGUUCUACAAGUGGAAAGCAGUCACUGUGGUCUAUGAGGAUGCGACUGGUCUGAUUCGUCUGCAAGAGUUGAUCAAAGCUCCAUCCAGAUAUACAAUCAAAAUCAAGAUCCGACAGCUGCCAUCAGGAAGCAAAGAUGCCCGUCCCCUACUGAAAGAGAUGAAGAAGGGGAAGGAGUUCUUUGUUAUCUUUGACUGCUCUUACCAAACAUCAGCUGACGUCCUAAAGCAGAUCCUGUCUAUGGGAAUGAUGACUGAGUAUUAUCACUACUUCUUCACCACAUUGGACUUGUUCGCCCUUGACCUGGAGCCUUACCGCUACAGUGGGGUCAACAUGACGGGAUUUAGGCUGCUCAACGUGGACAAUCCUAGAGUGGCUUCGGUGCUGGAGAGGUGGGCCAUGGAGCGCCUGCAGGCUCCCUCCAAAGUCGAGACUGGAAUGAUGGAGGGAAUGAUGACCACUGAGGCGGCUCUGAUGUAUGAUGCUGUUUACAUGGUGGCUGCUGCCUCACAACGCACCUCACAGGUCACCGUCAGCUCCCUGCAGUGCCACCGACACAAACCCUGGCGCUUCGGAUCGCGCUUCAUAAACCUGCUGAAGGACACACAAUGGGACGGUUUGACAGGACAAAUCGCCAUUAACAAGACAGACGGUCUGCGCAAAGAAUUUGAUUUAGAUGUGAUCAGCCUAAAGGAGGAUGGCUUGGAGAAGUCUAUGACGGGCAGCCGCCUGAAUAAAGUGUGGAAAAAGAUUGGUAUCUGGAACUCCCAGACUGGCCUUAAUUUAACAGAAACCAACAGGGACUCCUCCACAAAUGUUACAGAUUCGAUGGCCAACAGGACCCUCGUUGUCACUACUAUUCUGGAAAAUCCCUAUGUCAUGUAUAAAAAAUCGGAUAAGCCGCUAUAUGGGAAUGACCGCUUUGAAGGUUACUGCCUUGACCUACUCAAAGAGCUCUCAAACAUUUUGGGCUUCUCCUACGAGGUAAAACUGGUGUCAGAUGGAAAAUACGGAGCACAGAAUGACAAGGGAGAGUGGAACGGCAUGGUGCGUGAACUUAUUGAUCAUGUGGCUGACCUCGCUGUGGCCCCUCUCACCAUUACCUACGUCAGGGAAAAGGUGAUAGACUUCUCCAAGCCCUUCAUGACAUUAGGAAUCAGCAUCCUCUACCACAAACCAAAUGGCACAAAUCCUGGGGUGUUUUCCUUUCUCAACCCACUCUCUCCUGAUAUCUGGAUGUAUGUGCUGCUGGCAUGCCUUGGAGUCAGCUGUGUGCUGUUUGUCAUUGCCAGGUUCACUCCAUAUGAAUGGUACAACCCUCACCCCUGCAAUCCAGACUCAGAUGUGGUUGAAAACAACUUUACCCUAAUAAACAGUGUCUGGUUUGGAGUUGGAGCACUUAUGCAGCAAGGGUCUGAAUUGAUGCCUAAGGCUCUUUCAACAAGGAUAGUAGGAGGAAUAUGGUGGUUCUUCACUCUGAUCAUAAUCUCCUCAUACACUGCCAAUCUGGCUGCUUUCCUCACUGUGGAGAGAAUGGACUCACCGAUUGACUCUGCAGAUGACUUGGCCAAGCAAACAAAGAUCGAGUACGGUGCAGUGCGAGAUGGGUCCACCAUGACCUUUUUCAAGAAAUCUAAGAUCUCAACCUAUGAGAAAAUGUGGGCAUUUAUGAGCAGCCGAAAAAACACAGCUUUGGUGAAAAACAACCGCGAAGGGAUUCAGAGGGUCCUCACCACAGACUACGCUCUUCUGAUGGAGUCUACCAGCAUCGAGUAUAUCAGCCAGCGCAACUGCAACCUCACGCAGAUUGGAGGCUUGAUAGAUUCUAAGGGCUACGGUGUGGGAACUCCAAUUGGCUCCCCUUACAGAGACAAGGUCACCAUCGCCAUCUUGCAGCUUCAGGAAGAAGGAAAGCUGCACAUGAUGAAGGAGAAAUGGUGGAGAGGGAAUGGGUGUCCAGAGGAGGACAGCAAAGAGGCCAGUGCUUUGGGUGUGGAGAACAUAGGAGGGAUCUUUAUAGUGUUGGCAGCCGGACUAGUCCUCUCAGUUUUUGUUGCAAUUGGAGAAUUUAUUUACAAAUCCAGAAAAAACUUGGACAUUGAGGAGGUGAGUGUUGGCCAGUGUGAGUGGCACAACAAAUAUUAACAAAUUAUGGGACUCAAACACUUCAAUGCACCUACUAUAACUUUGUGUUAUCAUAUUCUUUUACAGGACUAUGGUUAUAAGAGAGCCAAUAAUAAAAAAAUAUAAGUCCGAUUAAACCUAGACUUAAAAACUGCAUUGCUACAAUCAAAGAAUAUGUUUUUAACAAAAACGUUGUGUGUUUUAGUAGUUUUUAAAGUAGCAAACACAAAGAUGUUAGUCUUGAUUAAAGUUUUUAUUAGAAUCCCUUUCUCUGAAAACAAAUUAUAUGAGUUGUGAUACUUGACUAUCUGGGCUGGCCAUAUUUCUUGGAAUGCAGUGUAACAUUGUUCUGCAUGUCGGAAGCAUUAUUGUUAAGCCUUCACAUUUCAUCUGAAUGGAGAGGCUUGAGAACAUUUUUUUUCUGCCAUAACAGCUUCAAAAAUUGUGUUUCGGAGGAUUUAAAUCUUUAGCACAGCAUUGCACAGAAAUGGACUUAUUCGCUCACUGUUGUUUAUGAAUGACUGUUCAGUGAAAUACUUGUUCAUGAAGUUGGUUUACAUUUUUUGUCUAAUAUGAAGUUUAUGAACAUGCUUGUUCAAGAUUUGUUGUGUUGAAAUUGUUUUGGGAUGACUAAAGUCGUAUGAGAACGUUG